UUUUUGUAUUUUUGACUGUGUUUUGCUUGGGAUUUCUUGCGGAUAAAUGCCUGUUUUAUGCAAAACCGGAUGCGGCCAAAAGGCUAGCAUAAAGCGCCCCAAAACUGCGGAUCCACUGUGUCGAGACUGCUUCCUGACCGCCUUCGAGGCUGAAGUUCAUCACACGAUUACGGAAAAUGCUCUUUUUUCGCCGGGACAGACCGUGGCAAUCGCUGCUAGUGGUGGGAAAGACUCCACAGUGUUGGCCUAUGUGAUGAAGGCGCUGAAUGAGCGCCACGCGUACGGAUUGAAGCUGGUUCUGCUGUCCAUUGACGAGGGCAUCACAGGCUAUCGAGACGACAGUCUGGAGACUGUGAAGAGGAAUCGUGAUGAUUACGAGAUGCCGCUGAAGAUUCUCUCCUACGAGGAGCUCUACGGCUGGACGAUGGACAGGAUCGUGGGCGAAAUUGGCCGGAGCAACAACUGCACGUUCUGCGGAGUGUUCCGGAGGCAGGCGCUGGACAGAGGAGCGAAGCUCUUGGGCGUUGAUUGCAUCGCCACGGGUCACAAUGCGGACGACAUCGCCGAAACGGUGCUCAUGAACAUCUUGAGGGGCGACACAGCGCGUCUCCGGCGAUGCACGGACGUGAAGACCAUCGGCGAUGAUUCAAUUCCGCGCGUGAAGCCGCUGAAGUACGCGUACGAGAAGGAGAUCGUGAUGUACGCGCACUUCCGGCGACUCGUGUACUUCUCCACCGAGUGCAUCUUCGCCCCCAAUGCGUACAGGGGCCACGCGAGGGCGUUUCUGAAAGACCUGGAGCGCAUCCGGCCCAGCGUGAUCGUGGACAUCAUUCACUCAGGCGAGCAACUCGCCUUCCGGGACGCCGUGAAGAUGCCAAAGAGAGGAACUUGCGAGCGCUGUGGCUUUGUCUCUUCCCAGCAGCCGUGCAAGGCGUGCGUGCUACUCGAGGGACUCAACAAGGGCCUGCCGAAGUUGGGCAUCGGCAAGAAGUCGAAGGGCGUCAGAAUGAUGGCGGAGCACGAGAAGCUCCUCGUGAGUAGACUCAAUGCCCAUUCAGUGAAGAAUGACUUCUGAGAGUGCAAUAAAGGAGAAAAGUUCUUGCUCAAUUAUGCCAAAAAUCUCUUCCGACCGUGUGUUUCCUGAACAAGAUAACUUUUCAGAUUAAUUAAGAUUCAUGUUAGGGAUUAAAGUGGAGAGUCAGAAUUGCGGUCUCUGCUCUCAAGGCGGAGAGGCUGAGGCAGUGACGUAGUGAGGACAGAGCGCCCUGGAAGCGCGUGUCGUACGAUGUCUCAUGUUUUUCCACUGUGUUUGUCCCAACAAGAGAUAAGAAAAAUACCAAGUAAUUCCAACGAACACGUGAGACAACAUAAGAGACUUGUCAUACGACCCAGUGUAAACGAGCUUGAUUUUCUUAUGAUGAAAUUAAAAGAUCAAAAA